AUGAAUUUGUUGGUAUGUUUUGCCUUCAUACUUGAUCCAAGAAACAAGAAACAAUUUUUGGAAAUUAUUUUGGAUGAUCAUUAUGAGCUUGAAGGAAAAGCAAUUGUUGAAUUAAAGAAAAUACACAUAAAGAAUGAAUUAAAAGCUUUGUAUGAAGAUUCAUGCCUGUCAUCUACUACUUCUUCAACUUCAACAUUAAGAAAACGGUCAAACUCCAAUAAUCCUACAUCUACCACAACAAAUUCCAAUCAUGGAGAUAGGUUGAGAAAUAGGAUGAAAAAGAGCCAAACAUCCUCAUCAUCAAUUAGUGAAUUGGAUAAGUAUUUGGGUGAAAGUGUUGAAAAUUUUGAUACAAAUGGUAGUUUUGAGAUAUUACUUUGGUGGAAGGUAAAUAGCCUGAGAUUUCUAAUUUUAUCUCGUAUGGCUAAAGAUUUGUUAGCUAUUCCGAUCUCAACCAUGGUUUCGGAGUCGGUGAACUCAUCCAACAUUGAUGAUUUUGCUGAAGUUCUGGAUACAGAGUUGGAUUCCACAUCUGAUACCUCUCCUGAACAAAAAGAAGAUGCCAAUGAGACAUAUGAUCAUAUGGAUAUAAAUAGGACAAAAAGGCAAAAGAUCGAUGAUGUGUUAGAAAAUGUAGAAACAUCAAUGAAGAAGGACAUAUGCACACAUCCUGGUACUAUUGUAGGAAUGUGCUUCAAGUGUGGAGAAAAAAUGGAUAAAAAAACCGGUGUUGCAUUUAGGUACAUACACAAGGUUCUAAGGCUUACUAAGGAUGAGAUCACUCGUUUGCGUGAAAGAGAUUUAAAGAAUCUUUUUAGCCAAAAAAAGCUAUGCUUAGAUCUUGAUUUAGAUCACACCUUACUUCACUCAACUCAAAUUACAGAUUUAACCCAAGAAGAAGGAUAUUUAAUGAACCAAAGUGAACAUACACAAGAUGCAUUAAGAGAGAGUCUCUUCAAACUAGACUCCAUUCAAAUGUUAACAAAGUUAAGACCUUUUGUUCACACUUUCUUGAAAGAAGCAAGUGAACUCUUUGAAAUGUACAUUUACACAAGGGGAGGAAGAGCUUAUGCUCUAGAAAUGGUUAAUCUGAUUGACCCUAAAAAGGUUUACUUUGAUUCAAGAGUGAUUGCUCUAACUGAUUGCCCUAAAACGCAUCACAAAACCCUUGAUGUGGUUCUUGUUCAAGAAACUGCUAUUCUAAUUCUUGAUGAUACAGAAAGAGUGUGGGGUAAGAAGGACAAGGAGAAUCUUAUUUUGAUGGAAAGAUAUCAUUUUUUCGCUUCAAGUUGUAAAGAAUUAAGAUGCAAAGGUUAUAAAUCAUUAUCUGAAUUGAAAUUGGAUGAAAGUGAAGUUGAUGGAGCUCUUGCAAGAAUUUUACAAGUGCUCAAGCGAAUCCAUCAUAUGUUCUUUGAUUUGGAACUUGGAGAUAAUUUCACAGGUCGAGAUGUAAGACAGGUGAUGGGGACAGUUCGUGGUGAAAUCUUGAAGGGGUUGACACACAUCAUUUCCAUAGAUGGUGAACAUGAGAGGUGUCAUUGGGCGACUCAACAAAACAAGUUUUUGGUUCAGCCACGGUGGUUAGAAGCCGCAAAUUACUUGUGGAAGAGGCAACCCGAGGAGAUAUUUGUUGUGAUUGUAAAGGAAAUCAAAGAGAACACGUGA